CGACGAACUCCCGAUCGCAGCGGACCGGUAAAGUGGGCCCGGCCGAGCACGAAAGUGACCAAGUGAAAAGGUCUUCGAACCGACUGUCGUGAUCCUGUUUUUUUCUUCUGACCGCUAAGGGAGCGACAGCGUGACGCCCUCGAUUGGACGAUAAAUCCCAAACAGAAGAAGUACAAAAUGAACAGCAGUGGCAAAGGACCGGGGGGUCCGGACCAGGUGCAACCGCUCAACCAACCGCCGUACCCCACCGCACAGACCGGUGCCUACAUGCCGAAUGUGCCGGGGACGAACACAUACCCACACCCACCGGCAGAAGCACCCAGCUACAUGCACCCACCGCCUCCACCACCGUACGAUGCCAACUCCAACGUGAUCUCGUCCCCGCAGCAAACGUCCACCACCUACGUGCAAGUGGUCAGCAGGCCCCAGGUUGGACCGGAUCCGGCCUCGAUGGUCUGCCCGUCCUGCACCAAGCACGUCAUCACCCGGCUAGACUACGAAACGUCCACCAAGACACACAUCGCCGCCGGCUUGCUGUGUCUGUUCAUCUGCUGGCCAUGCUUCUGGAUUCCGUACGUGAUCGAUUCGUGCAAAAAUGCCAAUCACUACUGCCCGAACUGUGGCGCGUACAUCGGAACGUACCGCGGCUAAGCUGACCCACCCAACUCCGGCUUAUGAUCCUUCAGGCUGGGGGCCACGUCGAGUAUUGUGAUGUAAUCCGAUCCCACCGUCGGCCGGCUCGUGCCUCGGGCGCGAUUCUGCACCCCUCGGUGACCCAUUUCACCAUCGAUGGCACACGAGACCAUCCCACGGCCACGGAGCGGAAUAUGAUUUGUUGUUGUUAAAAACGAAAGUGCCUAACAUUGUGUGUGCCUGUGUGCGAGUGUUUGCCGAUGAACGCGGACUGAAUGGAGGGGUGUGUGGGUGGGUGUGCCUCCAAGUCGACUGUUAUUAUUGUGUAGUGAAUGAGUUUUCUGUUGAUUGCGCCAAACGUAAUAAUUGCAUAAUAAAUAUAUAUUUA